GAUGAGUUGCUACUUUAUACCUGGGAAUUGUGGGAAAGUGUUAGUAUGGCCAAUGGAUUUCAGUCACUGGAUGAAUCUAAAGACAAUACUGGAUGAACUUGUACAGAGGGGUCAUGAAGUGACAGUUCUGAGAACUUCAGCUUCCAUCGUUCUUGAUCCUAGUAAAUCACCUGGUCUGAAGUUUGAGAGUUUUUCUACGUCUGUUGGUAAAGAUGAUCUGGACAAGGCUUUCACAAGGCUUGUGGAUGUAUGGAUUCAUGAGAUACCAAGAGAUUUGUGUGUAUCGUUUUCUCCUUUGCUACAAAACAUGGCUGAUGAAUUAUCUGAUAGGUAUCUAGGGCUUUGCAGAGACACAGUUUCAAACAAACAACUUAUGACAAAACUACAGAGAUCCAAGUUUGAUGUCCUUUUCUCAGAUGCCAUUGCUCCCUGUGGGGAGCUGAUAGCUGAACUUCUCCAGAUCCCUUUUCUAUACAGUCUUCGCUCCUCUCCUGGCUAUACAAUGGAAAAGUACAGUGGGAGAUUUCUAGUCCCUCCCUCUUAUGUACCUAUAAUUUUGUCGGGACUAGGUGGUCAAAUGACAUUUAUGGAGAGGGUAAGAAAUAUGAUGUGUAUGUUGUAUUUUGACUUUUGGUUCCAGAUAUUUAAUGAAAAGAAAUGGAGUCAGUUUUACAGUGAAACGUUGGGUAAGUUAUGA